AGGCGAACAGGGGAGCACACUCGCGAGCGAAGAAGAAGAAGAAGAACUAGCAGAGCCAUUCUGUUGUGAGGAAGAUGAUGGUGACUGCGGCAGAACUACACCGCAGAAUCUAAAUUUCCACCACAGUUUCAAUUUCUCGUCUGAAACUGAGCCACUGAAUCCGUGCUGUUCUAGAAAACCCGAGACAAACCGGUCGGACAUCACAAUGACCAACGAGGAGCCUUUGCCCAAGAAGGUUCGUCUCAGUGAGUCUGACAUGAAGACGCUGACUCGAGAGGAGUUGUCUGUCAGAUGGAAACAGCAUGAAGCUUAUGUCCAAAUGUUGGAGACAAAAUAUGCAGAGUUAUGUUCCAAUGAUGUAACAGGCUUGAAGGAGUCUGAGGAGAAGCUGAAACAGCAGCAGCAAGAGUCUGCGCGCAGAGAGAACAUCUUGGUUAUGCGACUGGCCACCAAGGAGCAGGAAAUGCAAGAGUGCACGACCCAGAUCCAGUACCUCAAACAAGUCCAGCAGCCCAGUGCAGCCCAGCUACGUUCGUCCAUGGUGGACCCGGCCAUCAACUUGUUUUUCCUCAAAAUGAAGGCUGAACUGGAACAGACUAAAGACAAACUGGAGCAGGCCCAAAAUGAACUGAGUGCCUGGAAAUUUACACCUGAUAGCCAAACGGGGAAGAAACUGAUGGCCAAGUGCCGGAUGCUGAUUCAGGAAAACCAGGAGCUGGGCCGGCAGCUCUCGCAGGGACGCAUCGCCCAGCUGGAGGCGGAGUUAGCCCUGCAAAAGAAGUACAGCGAGGAGCUCAAGAGCAGCCAAGACGAGUUAAAUGAGUUCAUCAUCCAGCUGGAUGAGGAGGUGGAGGGGAUGCAGAGCACCAUCCUGGUCCUGCAGCAGCAGCUGAAGGAGACCCGCCAGCAGCUUUCCCAGAAUCAGGGGGCUUUGGCCGGAGCAGGGCCCAGUCGGACUUCACCCGCUGCCACUGGCUCAUCUGCUGAACCAUCCGCCCAGCCCGAGCAGGUUUCUGCGCCCCCUGAGCAAGCGGCCAAAGACUACGGGAGGGUGUCCAAUGGACCAAGCAACGGCAACUCCUCCCAGAGGAGCGAGACCACCACGCCCAGCCUGUACCGGGAGGUCAGUAGCACCGAAGAAGACUUUCCCAUGUCCCCCAUGGUGUCCAGCCCCGGCGAAGCGGAGACCAAACUGUCCAACCACUCGGAGGAGGCCUCGGGGAGUCAUACUGGCACUGCGAGUGUUGGAGGAGCCGGGGGCUUCGGCAGCCAGCUGAGCGCAGGGUACGAGAGCGUGGACUCCCCCACAGGCAGUGAGACUUCUUUGACUCAGCACUCGAACGACACAGACUCCACCACAGACCUUCAUGAGGACAAGGCGGCCCUGGUGACCAAGGGCUCCAGGACUACAGGGUCACAGCACACUCAGAAUGGCCUGGACUCCAACACAAGCGACAGUGCAGUUUUGUAAUGUACCAUUUGAUGUAGUUUUUUUUUUUUUUUUUUUUUUAAUACAGUGUAAAAGUUGACUGUUUAACAGCACACUGUUUAGUUUUCACCUCCUCUCGUGCGUAUUGUGACGCUUCUGCCACGUUUGUGUUGCUGAACAAGGUUAUUACCAGAACAGGAUGACGUUAGAUUGAAACAGUGAGUUGUAUAACUUACAGUAGUACGUUGCAUUCUGCUGUUUAUUUGAGCAUGUUUAUGCUGUUAUUGUUUGAACUCCUGACUCUUAAAUGGGACAUCUGCCAUUUGUAACUCAUCAAAAUUCAAUUACUCAAUCACAGUGACUGCAACAUUCAAAAGGUCAUUUUUUAAUUUUUUUUUUUAAUGCCGUUUUCAUUGACAAAUUCAGUUCAAAAGAUUGUUAAAUUGUGAGUAGUUUAUAUGCAAAUGUCUCAGUUUUCAUGUACUGACCAAAUACCAAUAAAGAUUUUUAAUAUGACA